ACCGGAACGUAUGGACAAUUUUACUGUUCACAUUUCAACAGUGAUUUCCAUUGUACCGUAAGAUACAGAAUCACGGCUAAUCUCAGUGGCCGCCACAUUGUUACCGUAAUUAUGGCAUGAAUCUCGCACUAAAACUGUAGCGACUGAUAAUUUAGAACCGCCGGGAGUCGACGAUGAGGUUGUUGUGGAACUUUCCUCUACACGAUGACACGUGUUACAGGGUGGUUUUUCUUUGGCGUGAGGUCCAGAGUUUGUUCAGCUUCUGCCAAUACGAGGCGGUUUUACUAUUUGUGUGUUAAAACCAAGUUGGACCGACGUGCGGAGGCUUUUCCUGUACUUGUUUUUUUCCGCUAAGUUUUAUUAGUUCUACUCGCUUUGACGCACGAGCGCAUUAUUAGCGCCAACAAGCGGCACAACACGGGGGAAAUAUCACAGACACGACACUGGGAAGUGGAUGUGACAUCAACACUCUUUAUUGUAACGAUUUUUGCACGUCUUGCGGCUUUUCUCGAGUUUUUGGUUCAAGUAAUAUUCAAAUAUUUGAAAGGAGGAGCCGAAAGCGCACUUGUAAUAGUUGAUCUCCGCAUCUGCCCAGAGAGCGACGGUUUCAGGAUGGACGUGUCCCGUGGAGAUGAGGGCUCCACGGCCACAGCUCCAGCGUCUCACGCUGAGAGCCCAGGUUGGCUGAAAGCGGCUGUUCAGAAGAUCAACCCCUUCAAGUCUGCUCUCCAGAUGCCAAAGAAUCAUCCUCAAGUUGAUUCUGCAAAUCCACAAGAAACUGAAAAACCACUUCAAGCCAAACAGAGCCCGGGGAUGUUUUCAGGAAUCAUGCAGAAGGUCGUUCCAUUCAUGUCCUCACAACCAAAGGAAGUCCCACCUCUACAUAGUGAGACUGCCACCACCAGUGGAAACCUGGCAGACAGCAAGUCAGAGAAACAGGAGAGCGUGAAAGCGUUGGUGCUACAUUCAGCUGAGGCGCCCAGUCAAAGCGCAGCCCUGGACCCUCUAGAGAAUGAAGAUGGUCUUUUCACGUGGUGGGACACAGUUGAAGGGUGGGAUGAAUGGAAUGAGGCAAAGCAGGAAGGAGCAGCUGAGGAACUGGUUGAACAAGCCGCCGAUCGCGUCUUCAUGGCGGCCCGUCUCUUCGUCCGCCAUUUUAACGAGCGCGGCGCUUCGCUGCAGCGGCGCAUCCUGGAGCUCCUCGCCGUGGCCGAUUCUGCCGACAGCUUCCAUAAGAAAACGCUCACGGCCAGUGUUGGUGGAGGGAUGGCCGGCGUCGCGGGGUCCGUCACUACCAUCACAGGCCUCAUUCUGGCGCCAUUCACAGCAGGGACCUCGCUCAUUGUCACAGCCGUUGGCAUCGGCGUAGCCACAGCCGGCGGGUUAACAUCUGCUUCCGCCAACAUCACAGACACAGUCCACUCCAAGACGGAUCGCAAGAAGGUGGAGAACAUGAUCCACGAGUACCAGGAGGAGAUGAAGGACAUCAAGGAAUGCCUGGAGUUUCUGCAGGAAGGGAUGGAGAUACUUGCUGAGUGGGACUUUGACAAGUACACAGAGAGCAUCUCAAAGAAGUACCUAAACCAGAAUAUAAAACACGUAGUGAAGGAGGGCGGCCGGGCCGGGAAGGCUUUAGUCAUCAACACUGAGAGCCUGAUAAGUACAGUUCAGGCGCUCAGUCUGGCAGGUGGUGCUGCUAAAGCUGCCCAGGUGAUGAGCAUCACCACUGGAGUGAUGUCAGGACUCUUCCUAGCGCUGGACGUGUUCUUCCUGGCAAAGGACUCCAUGGAGCUGAAAAAGGGUGCAAAGACAGAAUUUGCAGCUAAGAUACGAGAGGUUUGUAAGGACCUGCAGGACGGGCUGCUAGAGUUGAACCGCAUCAAGGACGAGCUGCAUAAAACCAUGGAUGGGGCAGAGGAGGAGGACGACGACGACCAAAAGCAGGAGCUGCCUAAUCUGAGAUCUUAACUCUUAAUUCUUAAUUCUGAAACCAGAGUAAAACGAUUUAGUGACAGUGUGUGACAUAGUUUACUGUAUAAUUAUUGUUCCAUUGUCCUUUAAUGAGCUGCUCUAUUAACUUGUGCAUCAGUUUGCUUCCUAUUGUGUCCUGUACAAUCAUUAUUUAUAGGGGAAGAGGGGCGACGUGCACAGAGUAAAGCAGGGAAAAACAGUUGAAUAGAAUUCAGGUCAUUUGAAAAGUGAACAUUAGCAGUAAACAUUAGCAUUGACAUCACAGCGAUUAUAUUCUUAUGUUUGUUAGUUUACUGUUCUGUUCGUAGUGGCCUCAGGUCUUCAUGUCAUGUUGGCAAUGGAGGAAAUAAAAAUAAAGCAGCAACA